CUGUUGAGGCGGCCGGGAACGGGCGGUGGGGAGCGGGCGGAGCUGGCCUUGCCUCUGCCUGGCUGGCGCCGCAGUCGGCGCGGGCCGCGCCCGCCGCCGUAAACUGCCCCGAGCGCCUGCUGAGGCCGAGGGAGACGUCGGGGCCUGCACCUGGAGGGAGCCUGCCGCGCUGGCCCCGAGGAGGGGGCGUUGCCAUGGCGACAGCCUCUCCCGCCGCUGACGGGGGGCGGGGGCGGCCCUGGGAAGGAGGGCUGGUCUCCUGGCCCCCUGCCCCUCCCCUUACUCUCCCCUGGACUUGGAUGGGUCCGAGUUGGGGGCAACACCCUGGGCAUUGGGGCUUUCCAGCUCUCACAGAACCUUCAGCAUCCCCAGCUGGCAGUCUUGGCAUCCUCGAAGUAAGGAGAGUUUUAGAUGCUUCUGGAUGUUCAAUGCUAGCACCUUUACAGACUGGAGCAGCUCGAUUUUCUUCAUAUUUACUUUCAAGAGCAAGAAAAGUGCUGGGCUCCCACUUAUUUUCUCCCUGUGGUGUUCCGGAGUUCUGCUCCAUAUCCACCAGAAAACUGGCGGCCCACGGCUUUGGCGCAUCCAUGGCGGCAAUGGUGCCCUUUCCUCCCCAGAGGUAUCACUACUUUUUAGUGCUGGACUUUGAGGCCACGUGCGACAAGCCACAGAUUCAUCCUCAGGAAAUUAUCGAGUUCCCCAUCCUGAAGCUAAAUGGUCGAACCAUGGAGAUUGAGUCUACCUUUCACAUGUAUGUCCAGCCUGUAGUCCAUCCACAGCUUACUCCCUUCUGUACAGAGCUCACCGGGAUUAUUCAAGCUAUGGUGGAUGGUCAGCCAAGCCUGCAGCAAGUACUGGAGAGGGUCGAUGAGUGGAUGGCGAAGGAAGGCCUCUUAGAUCCAAACGUCAAGUCAAUUUUUGUCACCUGUGGAGACUGGGACUUGAAAGUCAUGCUCCCAGGUCAGUGCCAGUACUUGGGCUUGCCAGUGGCGGACUACUUCAAGCAGUGGAUUAAUCUGAAAAAGGCUUACAGCUUCGCCAUGGGCUGCUGGCCCAAGAAUGGACUUCUAGACAUGAACAAGGGCCUCAGCCUGCAACACAUAGGCCGGCCCCACAGCGGCAUUGGAUCAUUGAAGGGUUUUAAGACAGGGAGUGAAAUGACCAGAUUUGUGGCUUAGAAGGACACCAUGGAGGAGAUUGGCGGGGGCACUGCUGUCUCCUAGGCUAACUCCCCUCACGGUUGGAAGAUGGCUUCUGCAGUCCCAGACAUUAUGUGCAGACAUGAAAACAUCCAGCAGAAUAUAAAGGACUAUUUCCUCCUCAUGUUUCUCUUCAUAAGAGUGAAGUUUUCCUUGAAGGUCUUUCAGCAAACUUACCCUCACAUCUCAGUAGCCAGAACCCAAGGCCACCCCUAAACCAAUGACCGGCAAGAGGGAUAGGAUCUCCACAAGUGGCUCAGACACAGAAGAUUCACCCUGGUCGUGUGAGGGAGGAGUGAGUUCUGCCAGGUUGGCAGAAAGGGAAUGCUAUUGGGUGAGCAGUCAAAAGUAGGGAAGAAAGUGAAGAGAGGAGGUGGGUGGUUUAUCUGGAAAGAGUAGAGGUAUUAAUGUUUCAAGGUUCCAGUGAGAUGAAAGAAAAGUGUAUUAUUGCCAGUAACUAGGAAGAUUUGAAUUUAAUAUUUCAAAGGACGAGCAGUGGAGGAUGUUAAAAAGGUAGAGGGUGUAACUGUGGAAAUGAGUGGAAAUAAGAUACAGUAGAAAUGGUCAUUAGUGCUGAGGUCAAAGAACCAAGAGACUGGCAGCAAGUUUCUCAAAUGACAGGUUAUAGAGGCUAGGACAAGCAGGUCUCUUGGGAAGGAGGUAGCCAGGGUCUGGAUUGAUAGCACAUGCUCACAAGUAAGGUUUCACAUAGGCUGCUGGCACACAGGUCUGGGGCCAGGUCACAGGUGCCUGGGGCAAUACUGGCAAAUAGCCUAACCUCUCUGUAUCCCAAUGUUCCCAUUUUGGAAAAAAAAAAAUCUACCCUGGUUGGUCAGGCCACUCUGGAAAGGGGUAAGGCCAUCACCUUCCUAUUAAAGCCACUCAGGGACCUUCAGAAGAUAGUCCCUCAGGAGACCCCUAGGGACAGGGUAAGAUGGAAGCUUGGUUGGGGCAGAGAUGGCUGCCAGUAAUGGCAGAUGUGCUCAACUAUUCUCAGUAGCUGCCUCUUCUCCUUGCCCCUCCCCAUCCAGGUCCCCUUCACUUGGCUGUUAUCUGACUACCCUCUGGCACUUCCAGCUGUAGUAUUCCAGAGUCAGAAGGAGGGUGAGGCUUCUCAGCCCCUCUGUCUGGAUGGGGCCUUGGCUGGGAAUGAGUGGGGGAGGCGGGCACCCGUUGUCAUGGCCAGAACAGCCGCCCUGUUACUCUGGCGUAUUUCACUUUUAAUUCUGACAUAUAAUGUAAUGAUCUUUUUUAAGGCCCGAUGAUAUUAUCUGCCUGACUAGAUUAUUGAGUCUUCAUCAUCUCCAGAUAAAUUUAUGGCCAGGACGAGGCUCAGGAUUUAUCAUCAGUCAAUAGAGCUCGAUACUCUAACAAGGCGUGUAAUAAGAUAUACAUAUUUAAUGAUCCAAGGGGAGGAGCGCUAAUGGGAGCCCAGAGUGAGUGGUCCACAGGGCUGGGGCUCUGCCCUAGGGCUGCCAUAGCUGUAGGGGCAUGGACGUGGUCUCUGCCCUGUGGUCCCCAACUCUGGCCUGUCUCAUGACCACCUGAGACUCUUCCUUGUUAAGAUCCAGAGGGAGAGGCAGACAGGGAAAGGAAGAGGAGGCAGUAGGGACAGUGUCAGAGCUGGGGCCUAGGCCUCUUCAGCCCAAAGCAUGUAGAGACGCCCCAACAGAGAAGUCCUCUCCUUGCUUCUGGGCCCGGGGUAGGGGAGUAGCGAUGUCCUUAGACCUGUACGCCCAGGCCCCUGAGCAUUAGGGCGGGCCCACAAGGGGAGGGAGUGCCGGGGCUGCGUGCCCAGGCCGCGCUGAUGGUGACGGAUGGUUUUUCAUUACAGCCUCUCAGGUCCUGCCCGCGCCCUGUGUGGAAAUUCUAUUUAUUCCCUAAUUUGUAAAAAUUCCCUCUUUAUCUGAUCCCAAUCAGGGCGGGGUAAUUGGCUCUCUGGGGCAGCGGCUGGGGUCCUUGAUGAAGAGCUAUGUGGAUGUACCCAGCCCGGCCCCCACCCAGCCCGCCACCAGGGCCCACAAUUAAUAAUGAUUUGCAAAUGGCAGACAAGCAAUAACACAGAAAGAUGUGGCGUCCGUGCUGCCUCUUCAUUUCCUCCCCUCGCAGAUAUAAAUGGCCACAGAACAAAAACCCAGCACUAUAAAUUCUGGAAUUAGUUAUUCACUGCGAUAAAUGGGGCCUAGAGCCACCAGCCCCUCUCCCACCACCCUUCUUGCCUGCUUUCCCUGAUGAAGGUCUGUCCCCAGGUGUGUUCCUGGGCCUGACCCCUGCUCCUCUGUAUCUUUGGCUCCUGACACAUUUCCCUAGCUCCCUCCUAGACCGUGGACUAUAGCUACCCUUUCCUGUGUGGCCCAUAGUUGGGAGUGGUCAACUGCUUUGGAUCUGUAGCUUCCUCAGGCUCUGCCUCUCACUGACCUGUCUUGGCUACCCAAGCUGGCCCUGUCCCCACUCUGCACUAGGGUUUGAAUGGAGGUGACAGGUCCUGCCUGGCCCGGGAGUCUGGAUAAGAUUUGGUCUUGGGUGUCUUCUUUGGCAUUUGGAAUCAAUCCAGUCCAUUUGCCUGGCCAAGUGUGAGUUGGGCUCCUAGUAGCCAAAUGUGAUGUAAGUGACAUAAGGGCUUUGAUGCCUGCUUACUGGCCAGGCUGUUGUGGGAUGUUGGCACAAGCAUUUCCGGGCACUAUGCCCUCUCGGCCAGGCGCAUCCUCUCCCCGCCCCCCAAGUGGCUGUGAGCUGGCGGGUAAUGGGCGUGUAAUGGCCUCAUUUCCAUGCCCGGCCUCCAGGAGCGGCGGUAAGUGUUUGAUUGCCUUAAUUUCCAAACACAUCAUUAUCCCAGCUUUACCAGCGCUUAAUAAACACUUUAUGAGGAUUUUUUUAAAAACAUCUUCGGUCCGCAUACUUCUCUGAAGUGAUAAACUCUAAUUAAGUCUAAUAUUUAAAAAUAUGGUAAUGGUGAGUUGUUUGAAUAAGUGGACUGCAUUUCUGUAAUUUCAUUAUUACGUAAAACACGCUAAUUAUUUGGAGCGCGCUUAUUACGGAGAGAGAAAUCGCCUGCUAAUCAAGAUGAAAUUGCCUUUUCCCCUUAUUGUGGAACCACCGUCAUCCUUCACCAUCAGCCCUGUGGCACCUCCAGGCACCUCGGUGGGGUGGAGGGGGCAGCAGGGAGGGGCUGGAAGAAGGGGUCACUUUGGAGUUGAGGCUAUAAGGGCCCUGCCUUGCGGGAAGCAGAGGGAGGUAUGGGAGCCGUGUCUGUGGGGAGAGGAGUAUAUAUCUGGGAGUGGUGUCGGGUGGGCCAAGGUAGCCCUGUCUGGGCUCCCAGGGGACUAUGUGGGCCAUGUCUGGGACAAGGAACAGGGGGUUGUGGGAUAUCAGUAUUACUGCUGGAAUAACAUUAUUAUUGGGUAUUAUUGGAAUAGCAACCACAAUAAUAAUCACUAACCCAGCCACUGUUUUAAGUACUUCACAAAUAAAAACUCAUUUCAUCUUUUCAACAACCCUUUGAGGGACGUAGUUACUAUAAUUAUCAUUAUUGUUCCCAUUUUAGAAAAGAAGAAACCAAGACACAGAGAGGUGAAAUAAAAGUAUGGUAACUUGCUCAAGUUCACAGUUACUUUUUUGGGGGUUUAUUUAUUUAUUUGGGGGGAGUGGGGAGAUAGCACAAGCAAGAGAGGGGGAGAGAGAGAAUCCCAAGCAGGCCCUGCACUGUCAGCACAGAGCCAGACGGGAGGCUCAAACCCACAAACUGUGAGAUCAUGACCUGAGCCAAAACCAAGACUCGGACACUUAACCAAUAGCCAUCCAUGCACCCCUCAAGUUCAUAGUUUUAAAGUGAUGGAGUUUGAAUUCGAACCCAGAAUCUAAGGAUAUUCAGGGGCCCUCUUCUGGUUCAGUCCUAAAUUCACUGCCUUGGCUCCUAUCUUCCUUCUAAACUACCAUUUGCUGUUGUAACCUGAAUUGUACCCAGCUGUAGCUUGAGAUGCUGGCCCCCAGCAUAGAGUUGCCCAGUUAGCAAAUAAAAAUAUAGGACACCAAUUAAAUUUGAAUUUCAGGCAAACAACAAAUACUUUUUUAGUAUAAGUAUGUCCCAUCUGGGGCUGAGGACUUAUUAAUCUCACAGUCCUGUGUCAAGCAGGCCCAGCAUUGACCCCAUUAGCCCUUUGCUUGAUGCUUGCCAGGCAUGAUGCUUGCCAAGAUGUCCAAACAGAAGGAUGUCGUGGCAAAAUGAGGUUCUAGAAGAUCAAUACACCAGGGUUCUUGCUCUCUCAUCCUUACCAAGAUUCCUGCUCCCAGUUCUAUUCUCCCCACCCUGUCUUUGUUGGUCCCUGCUCCAUGGUCUCUGGCCCCAUUCCUCACCAGCUCCUGGAGAUCACUAAUAAAGUGUGUUACCAGGCUGAGCUUUUUAGACAGGAGGCCUCAGGUUUGUCUGAAUCUUCCUUUAGGCCACACUGCAUUGCAGCCUUAUAAGGUCAGCAGCUUGUCACCCUGUUGCCCCUGAUGUCUCCCACUCCAUUUUGCCUCUUUGAUCAUUUCGUGUUCAUUCUCUUUCCUAGCUCCAACAGACUCACGUAUGGGAAUUGUAUAUAUAAUAGAGGCAUCAUUUCAGAAGGGUGGGGAAAGUGUAGACAGUUCAAUCAAUGGUGAUAGGACAGCGGCUGACCACUAGGGAAAAAAGUAAAGUUAGAUCUUCUAUUUCUCACCAUAUACGAAAGUAAAUUCCAGACAGAUUAAAAAGUUAAAUAUAAAAACAAAGUAUUAGAAGAAAAUAUAUGAUAGUUUUCUAAUAGCACUGGGAUAGGGAAGGCCUUUUUAAGCGAGAUACAAAGCCUAGAAGCUGUAAAGGAAAUGCCCAGUACAUUUAGAUGUCCCAUAGGAAUCUCAAGAUUUAACACUAAAGUCAUCACUGUUCUAAACCUAUACCACUUCUGGUUUGCCUUCUCUCCAUGAAUGGCACUAAGAUCCUAGACUCACCCCCCUGCACCCCUACAUCCUGAUUCCCUCAUCAAGGCUUGCUCAUUCAUUCUGUUUCCUAAAACUCUCUUGCCUCUGUCCACUUCUCCAUAUCAUGGAUAUAUCCCCACCUCUAUCUCCACUGCUGCUGGCCUGACUCUGGGCCACCAUUUCUGGUCUGGACAUAGUACAGUCUGCUAAUUGGUGUCUAUGCCUUCAGAGUUAACCCUGUCUUCCUCUUCCUCAAGCAUGUUAGUAUUUCCCCAUCAUUCCCAGAAUAAUAAACUCAAGCUCUUUAGCUUGCCAUCUAGUCUCCAGGGUCUCUUCUGGCCAGUCACUGCUAACCUUGCCAGCUUCAGCUCUUGCCAUUCUCCUGCCUCUUAUUCUUCGUCAUCCCCACCUGCCCACUUAAGUUUUUUGGGACACUCUAUGUUUCCCCUCCAGCAGUGUGCCCGUGCUAUUCACUAUUCAAGACUACCUCCCCACUUCAACCCCAGGUUGCUGGCAAGUGCCUCCCACAUGCCUCCUACUUCUGCCUAGCUUUAUCCUCCCAGGAACCCUUUCUUGAUUCUUAGUGCCUUUUCUGUGCUGCCUUUCCCUUAGCACUGCUCACACCCCACCACUUACAGGUCUGUCUCUGAGCUCCUUGAGGGCAGGGAGCAAGUGAGUCUGUGCAGCCAGUCCUGUGACUCAGCAUGGCCUGUGUGUGCCCAGCACACAGAAAUGUCAGUGUGUAUUUGCUGAACGAAUGAGUAUAUGAAUAAACUCCUUGAACAGGGCCCCUUCCCUCCUGAGGGUGGCCCUGGCCCAGGCCCUACUUCCUGCCCUCUACUGUUCAAUUCCCAGACAACUGCAGCUAACUGGAGCAUGUCAGCCUCAGGUCAUUGCCCUGUGUAAGCUCUCACUAGAUGUCCUAAAUCAUCUGAGCCACCCUUCCACUAGCAGCUUUGCCAAGCAGAUAUUUGACUACCUUUGAGCCCAGGCAGCAAGCUUAUCCUUUGUUAGGUACUCGCCCACUCACCUCCCUGAGGGAUUUAAGCUGCUGCACAUCUCACCUUAUAGUCUUGGAAAUAUAAAAGUAUUUCCAGCAUUAAGAAUAUUAAUGUCUGGGGUGCCUGGGUGGCUCAGUCGGUUAAGCAUUCGACUUCAGCUCAGGUCAGGAUCUCAUGGUUCGUGGGUUCGAGCCCUGUGUCAGGCUCUGUGCUGACAGCUCAGAGCCUGGAGCCUGCUUUGGAUUCUGUGUCUCCCUCUCUGCCCCUCCCCUGCUCAUGCUCUGUCUCUAUCUCAAAAAUAAAUAAACAUUUAAAAAAUUAAGAAUAUUAAUGCCCAAGGGGCUCCUAGGUGACUCAUUCGGUUAAGUGUCUGACUCUUCUUGAUUUCGGCUCAGGUCACAGCCUCACCAUUUGUGAGACUGAGUCGCAUGUCAGGCUGUGCGCUGACAGCUCAGAGCCUGCUUGGGAUUCUCUCUCCCUCUCUCUCUGCCCCCCUCUCUAUUCACUUCUCUCUCUCUCUCUCAAUCUCUCUCAAAAAUAAACUUCAAAAAAAAAAAAAAAAAAAAAGGAAUGUUAAUGCCCAAAACAGAAGAUCAUCUUGUCACAAGCUGAUGAUCUCACAGGAACAUAAAAACAGGUUAGGCUUCUAGAAUUUGGAGGUAAGGAAAACCUACUUUGGAGGCCUCCACUGUGGGCACAAGACUGUGUCCCCUCCACCCCAACCCCUUAUCAUAACAGCUUUAGGCUGGCCUCAUUAGCUCACCUCAGUGAGAGGAGCCAGAAGGGGGUGCUGCUGACCCAGGUGGCCCCAGGGCUUCAAGCUAAGGACUCUCCUAGAGGCCAUGUUGUCAUCAGCCUCACCCUGCUGCUGUCUCUUGCUGAACUCCUGGCCUGUUAAAAGCACCAGACUUGGGCAUCUGGGUGGCUCAAUCGGUUACACAUCUGACUUCAGCUCAGGUCAUGAUCUCACAGUUCGUGAGUUCGAAUCCCUCAUCAGGUGAGCGCAAGCCUCACUUGUCUCUCUCUGCCCCUUCUGGGAUUCUCUCUCUUUCUUUCUCUGCCUUUGCUCACUUGUGCCCCCUCUCUCUCUAAAAACAAAAAC